GGAAUGUUUAUUUACUUGGUAUCAUAUCGAUACCAAAAUACGCACUUUAGGUUAGGUACAUUAGCUACAGCUUACUACAAUUUACUAUUAGCUAUAGCUUAGCUACAGUUUACUACAUAGUCUGCAGUUUACUACAGUAAAUCGCUGAACAAGGCUUGGAGUGAAGGAUGCUAACAGAGAAAACACGCGUGAUAUAAAAGUUAAACAUUAAACUCCAUUAUGGAGAGCAAGGUUCCACCCCUGUCCUUUUAGGUGUUAGCUUACACUAGCUUAAGCUAGCAUAGAUAACAACACCAUGGGCUGUGGAAAGAGCUGGACAAAAAUCACUUUGGUGAUUAGCAUUUUGGCAAUUUUAAAGGUGCUUGCUGCACCCAAACUUACAGGUGAUAAUGCAGAUGAUGGUGAACUUAGGGAUGACAUACCAGAGAUUAAUAAAGGUCUAAGACACCUUUUUGAGGGAGACAUUGCCGGCGAUCCCAAGAGAAAUGCAAUCGUUGAUGAGACAAUGAGAUGGAAGUUUCCUAUACCAUACAUCCUGACAGAUUCAUUAGAGUUGAAUGCAAAAGGGGUAAUACUGCAGGCUUUUGAGGAAUACCGUUUAAGAUCCUGUGUGGACUUCAAGCCCUAUGAAGGCGAGGCAAGCUACAUCUCCUUCACGAAGCUCUCUGGAUGCUGGUCUUAUGUUGGGGAUGACAAAGGGGGCCAAAAUGUGUCCAUCGGAGCCCGGUGUGACACGAAGGCCAUUGUGCAACACGAGCUCUUGCACGCUCUCGGCUUUUACCACGAACAGUCGCGUUCCGACAGAGACGACUAUGUCGAGAUCUGGUGGGAUCAGAUCGAAGAAGGGAUGGAGCACAAUUUCGUCAAGUUCGAGGACGACUUCAUCACUGAUCUGAACACUCCUUACGAUUAUGAGUCCAUCAUGCACUACAGGCCUUUGUCCUUUAACAAGAAUGAGAGCAUCCCGACCAUCACCACCUCCAUUCCGUUUUUUAAUGAAAUCAUUGGCCAGCGACUGGACUUCAGUGCCGUGGAUAUCACAAGGCUCAACCGUAUGUACAGCUGUGCAAACACACACACUCUUCUGGACCAAUGUUCCUUCGAAUUGAACAACAUCUGUGGAAUGAUCCAGAAUGAGGACGACAAUGCCGACUGGGUCCAGACAUUGAGUACACCCGCCGAUACAGAUCACACGCUCGCAGGGCGCUGCAGAGAUUCCGGCUACUUCAUGAAGUUUGACACAUCUUCUGGGAACGCUACAAACAGCGCCUUGUUAGAGUCCCGCAUCCUCUACCCCAAAAGAGGCGAGCAAUGUUUGCAAUUCUUCUAUAAGAUGACUGGAGCAGCUGGGGAUAAACUCGUUAUUUGGGUUCGGAUCGACGAUGGAACAGGGAAUGUUCGCACUCUCAGGAAGAUCCACACCAUCACAGGUGAUGGAGAUGACGCCUGGAAAAUAAACCAUGUGACACUUCGAAUGUCAAACAAAUUCCGCUACAUCUUCCAAGGCAUCAGAGGAUCAGCCAGCUCUUCAGGGGCCAUCUUGCUUGAUGACAUCACUCUUAGUGAAACCGUUUGCCCCAAUGCCGUGUGGCAAAUCCACAACUUCCCACAGAUUCUUACCAGCACCCCAGCGGGCAGUUCAAUAAAUAGCCGCUGCUUUUAUAACUCAGAGGGCUACUCCUUCGGGAUAAGUCUUUACCCAAAUGGGUACGACAGUACCCCCCCAGAUUAUGUUAGCGUGUACCUACACCUGUGCAGUGGUGAAAAUGACGCAGUGAUGGAAUGGCCGGCACAAAACCGACAAGUGACGAUCGUCGCCAUGGAUCAAGAUCCUGAUGUUAAAAUGAGGAUGUCUUCUACAAGAAGCUUCACCACUGUUGAGGACCCCCUGUGGAACAAACCAACAGCUACUUCAGGCGCAGUGUGGGAUGCCGGUUGCAGCUGCUACCGGAGUAACGGACGAGGCUGGAGUACAUUUAUUUCUCACAAGCAGCUGCACAAGAGGAGCUUCCUGAAAAAUAACGACCUCAUCAUUUUUGCUGACUUUAAUGAUCUGACGCCUUUGAUCAAGACUGAGGUGCCCGUCUCGGAUGAGAAGCCCGUAGAUGAUGCAAAACCCAGACAAGCACGUGACGCAAACGUCUGUCAUCCCAACCCAUGUAUGAACGGAGGGGUGUGUGUGGAGAGAAAUGGAGCAGCCUCAUGCAGGUGUGCUUCACAUCCGGCCACCUUCUCUACCGGUAUGUGGUGUGAAAAACUGAACAGAGAUGGGUCUGUUGGUUCUGACACCGAUUCUGUUUUAAGUCACCCUGACUGGAUGAUGAUGCCUUCACGUUCAGCUGCAUCAACGCCAAGCCUGUUUUUUUUAUUCUUUAUUGUUUUGAUAGCAGCUGCCUUACCAAUUUUAGACCACAUUCCCAUUUAAUAAUUUUGGAGCAAUUUAUAAAGCUGUGAUUUGAUAACCAUAACUAAUAUGUAAUAUGUUUUAAUUGCUAUAUACUGUAUUAGUUAUGAGUUAUCCCUUGCUUUGUGGCCCUCCCUGCCUGUGACAUAUCAAACAUUUAUUUUACUACCAAUAAUAACAUGCGCUUCAAUCAAAUCCAACUAACAAUGGGUCGAAUUUUUAUUUCUUUAUUAUUAUUUUUUAAAUUUCCAUAACUUCUUAGCAUAUCUUCACAUGUCCGGUCCAAAAUUGGACAUAUAAAAAUCUUUAUUCCUAACAAAAACUGUAGUCAUUUC